GUGUUUUGUAAUAAUAUUUACUUUAUACUGUUCUUGAUUGUUGUUGGAUUGCGAUUUGUGUUUAGUGUUUGUGCAAUUGUUGAAUUUGUUCAGAAUUUUCUUGAUUUUUGAUUUUCUUGUUGUCCUUGCAAUCAAAGAUUUAAUUUUUUUUAGUUGGUUUUGACGGGUAUGUUUUGUUUGUUAAGUUAUGGUUGAUAAACUCAUGAAUUUCUGUAUGUGUAUGCAGUUCUUGAAUUUGUUUCGAGUUCAUUUGAUUUUUGAUCUUUUUGUUGUUCUAGCUAUCAAAGAUUGAAUCUUUUUUUAGGCGGGUUUGAUGGGUAUGUUUUGUUUUAAAGUUAUGGUUGCUAAACUCUUGAAUUUGUGUAUAUGUAUAUGCAAUUCUUGAAUUUGUUUUGAGUUUUCUUUAUUUUUGCUCUUUUUGUUGUUCUUGCUAUGAAAGAUUCAAUUUUUUUUAGUGGGGUUUGAUGGGUAUGUUUUCCUUGUUAAGUUAUUGUUGCCAAGCUAAUGAAUUUGUGUCUGUAUAUAGAGUUCUUUAAUUUUUUUCGAGUUUUCUUAUUUUUGCUUUUCUUGCGAUGAAAGAUUGAAUUUUUUAGGUGAGUUUGAUUGGUAUGUUCUGUUUAUAUAGUUAUGGUAGUUAAACUCAUGAAGUUGUAUGUGUAUACACAUGUAAGGGGCUUACAAGGGUUUUUGUUAAUUUAACGGGAUGGUUGUUUUGGUUAUAGUCGAUUAAAUUCUCAUUUUAAUUCUCGACCUCUUACUUUAAUGAGGAGAGUGGGUCCCACUAAGCCUUGCAUGUAGUGAUGUAAAAAUUUCAUUUUCUGCCAGGUAUUUUUAAUUUUCUCGGUUUGGUAAGAACAUAGAAAAGCUGUUAUUGGAAAUCUUUUGGUGGGUCUGGCCCAAUUAUACUUGGUUCCUUGAAAUUAUUUUUGGGUGUUAAAAGUUCAGAAUGGUGAUCAGAAUUUAACAUUAGUGUGGUAAUAUAAACAUAAAAACACAGUGACUUAGAUAUAAUGUUAGAUGGUUCUCGUUAGAAGAAGUGGAGAAUUGUCAACAGUCGGGCUGGAAUAUAUAUAUUCUAUUGGUAGUCUAACAAUGAAGCGGAAGCGUGGAAAGGCGAAGCCAAGACAAAAUAAAUCCAAUGCGGUGGUUGAAAAUGAGCCAGAUCUUAGCAUGAGCUAUCCUGAGGCAGAUAAAACUGUCCAGGAUGAUGUUUGCGUGGAAUUUGACUCUGCGAUCAAUACUCAGACACUACAAACUGAUUUUAGCAUGCGGAAGCAGCCACUAUGUUUCGAAAAAUUAGUUAAUGAAAAAAGUGAAAAUAAUGUGAGCUCAUUAGGCAAUAGGACCUGCCAAGAAGAAUCAAGAUUACUGCACCAGGAUCCUCGAUACAAUGAAGAAGAACUGAGUGCAGCCCUUUUGGUGAUCAAGAUAAUUAUGAAAUCAGAUGCAGCACAGCCUUUCAAUGUUCCAGUGGAUCCUGAUUUGCUGGGAAUUCCUGAUUAUUAUGAUAUCAUUGAUACACCUAUGGAUUUUGGUACCAUACGCAAGAACCUAGAAGAUGGAGUCAAGUAUGUGAAUUCAGAGGAUGUGUUUAGAGAUGUGCAACUCAUUUGGCAGAAUUGCUCCAAGUACAAUAAAAAAGGUGCAUAUGUCUUGGAGCUCAUGAAGCGGGUGAAGAUAAAUUUCAUGAAGUUUUGGGCUGAAGCUAAGUUGUAUGUGGAACCAGUACGAAUGAUUAAAGGAUAUUCACACUUGCAGCCACCUCACAGCAGGCGUGGUAAAGAAUGUAAAGAUGGUUCAGGUACUAAUAACUCUGCCUGCCAGCUGCAUCAGAUGGGCCCACAUCAAGAACAAUCCGGAUGUCCAUCCUUGACUAACAGCCAGAUACAUAAAGCUCCUGGUCCUCCAACAAAUGAUAGAUGGCAAAACAAACACGCACAUGGGGUUGCAGUGGGUCAGGAUACUGACAACUCCAUCCAUCAGGAGCAGCGUCAUCAGGCAUUGUUAAAUAACAAGCAAGUAAUUACGCCUCCUGUAGAAUCUAACACGAGACAUAGAAACCAUGGACAUAACAUUGGCUAUUCAGUGGGUUCAGAUACUGACAACUCUGCCCACAAGCUGGAUAAUCUGGUGCAACAUAUCCAAUUACAGUCCCAACAAUUUCCUAUAGCCCAUGAAUACCAACCUUCUAAUGCGUCAAGAGUUGGACAGAGGAAGCUUAGGCAAAAAUAUCCAGUGGGCCCAGAUAAUUUCAUCAUCCCCUGCCAGCUGCAAGGUCCGAGGAGCCUGAGCUUAGAACAAAGCCAACAUCAGUCAAACAGAGAGAGAAAUCAGCCUCAGCAAAGCUGUAACCAACCGUAUUCUUUGCUAUCACAGCCUGAUACAAGCUCCAACCGACCACAAGCUUCUGUUCAACAACAGAACACAAGCUCCAACCAGUCACAGCCUGACAGUAGUUCUAGCCAGUCGCAGUCUCCGCAGCAGCAACCAGAGGUUCAAAAUGACAUUACUUCAACAAGCAAAAAAGGGCAGUCUCGUACCCGUGGACCCACACGUUGCCUUAAGCUGUGGAAUAGAGAUGGCAAACGUAUAUACGUUACCACCGACAACUCCGGGCAGCCUGUUGGCGAUCAAGCAUCAAAGCUAAUAAGUUUUCUGGGCACUGUGGCACGUGAUGGGUUUACAGCACCACUUAUAUAUGCUGAUUGGAGGGCAAUGCCCGAGGCAAACAAGGAAAAGAUGUGGCAGCAAGUGCAGUCAAAAUUUGACAUCGACCCCAUAUGUAAAGAUUGGGCCCUGAAGUCCCUCGGCAGAAAAUGGAAAGAUUGGAAAGCAAAAUUAAAGAUUGCCCAUUAUAAUACUCAUGCAACUAAUGAAGAACGGAUAGCUGAUCGUGACGAGAGGGUCCCUCUAGAUCAGUGGGUGGCCCUUGUCUCUUACUGGAGCUCUGCAGAGGGAGAAGCACGCAGUGCUCGGAAUAAAGCAAAUCGUGCACAUUACAAGUAUGGCAAUGCAACAGGCGCUAAGAGGUCUGCACAUGUACGUGAGGAGUCUCAACUCCAAGACAACAAUAUGCAGCAACAUGAUACCUCAUAUAACAUUCAGAAGAAUCAAGAAGAAAACUUCACAGAAAUAAUGGCACAAGAUAAGCACAGUCAGGUGGUUACAAAUGGGUUAGAUAUGUCCCGUUCGAAAUCUAAAGGCUCGAUGCCUACACGCGCUGAGGCAUUGAAGAUGGUCUCAGUGGCUAAUUUGGAGGUACGUGAGAUGAAGGAGAAAAUGUCAGUUAUGGAGCAGACAUGUGCUCAGAUGGCAACACAGAUGUCUACUAUGAUGGCAAUGAUAUCUUCCAUGCAGAAGUCCCAAGACAAGCAGAACUCUAGUGUCGAUGUAGCUGGACCAAGUGCUUUCAGGGGUUCACCGCAGCAGAUAGGACAUGACAAUGACAUAGCAUUUCGCCCGAUUUCAGUUGCAGAUACCCCUGAUGCCUCUGAGGAUGAAAUGCAGCGACAGACUAGAUCAAAUAAAAGAAGUCAGAUGGUGCAGGUUCCGCCUCUAAGGAACAAGAUAAAGAGAACGCGUGCUUCCCGGAAAUAAUGAUACAUAAGUACCCUGUACUGUUAGAUUUUUACUUUGUAGUAUUUCCAGCAUUUGUUUGAUGUUCUCCUAGACAUGGGUAGUAUUAGUAACUUGUCUGACUGAAAGUGCAGAACUAAUGAAAAAAUUCCAGAUCUGUAUACUUCUUGCAAGUGCAGUCACUGUUUUGUGUUCAACAAUCUUGUGUUAUAUUUUGCAAGUGCCCCCUGAUUUUAUCUUUGCAUGCAUGUUCAUAUUGAUUUAUAGUU